GUGUAUAUCAUUACGGCAUCUACGGUCACACCGCACAAAACUUUCGUCGUUCAAAGAAUCAAUUUGUCCAUUUGAAUAGAAAAGAUGUUCGUCGUACGUCGCAGCACCCGCCUCUACCCAGCUGGAGUUCAACUGGCCAAGAUGAGCGGCAGCCAGGUUGGCGAUCUGGGCAGUGGCGCCGGCAAGGGAGGCGGCGGUGGCGGUUCCAUCCGCGAGGCCGGUGGUGCCUUCGGCAAGCUGGAAGCUGCCCGCGAGGAGGAGUACUUCUACAAGAAGCAACGGGAGCAGUUGGAGCGCCUGAAGAACGACCAGAUCCACCAGGCCGAGUUCCAUCACCAGCAGAUCAAGGAGCACGAGGAGGCCAUCCAGCGCCACAAGGAGUUCCUCGCGAACCAGAACAAGUGAGGAGUAGCUGCGUCCUGGACAGCCUAGCCCCCCGGAGAAGUGUUAACUCGAGACAUUUACUUAAAUGCAUUUCACGCUCAACUGUGUUUUCUAUCCAAGUGCGCACUACAAUUUCUUCACUGGCUUACCUAGAACUAAAAAAUAACCUAUAAUUGUUCAUUGUAUGCGAGAAAACCCCCACAAAUAAACUACCAAUAUUUUAAAGGCUUUAA